UGCUGUAAGUUGGUGAUAAGCUGCCAGUUAGACUUAAAUUGUCAACUUGGUUGUUCAAAUUCUAGAGGAGUCUAGUUGUGUCAUCGGUAGGUAGCUACGCGGCAUCCAAAGACAACAUUGACAUGUCUAGCCCCAGGCGUGAUGUCUACACAGAGACUUCUCAACUCGUUAAAUGCUUCCUAGGGGAAUUUACAGGAGUGGUUAAACCUAGCUGGAAAGAAAAGGAACCUAUGUCAACGAUGAAAAGGGUUGUGGGCAAAUUAUUAGAGAAGCACGCCAGAGUAUACAAUGGUAUGAUCAGGACAAUUUCAUGUGCUGACGUAGAGGGCAAUGCGAAGUUAGUCGGUGUAGUAGCAAUUGACCUUUUUGAAGACGGCAUCGUCAACUGGGGCCGUGUCGCCAGCCUGUUAGCCUUUGGAGCUGUAGUGUGUCAACAUCUAAAGGACAGGGGCGUGGACAACUGUGUAGAGUUGGUGGGAGAGGAGAUAGCUGUCUACCUGGCCACCAACCAGGAGACUUGGCUACUCAAAAACAACACCUGGGACGGCUUUGUCAAAUUCUUUCAAGUGACAGAAGUGGAGUCCACAUUGAGGAACACAAUCGUGAAAUGUGUCGACAUGGCAGCAACACUGAUUUUGUUGACACUGAAGUUCUGA